CCUUGCUUGACGCCAUGAAGCCCAUCUACACCAGGCUCAGCCUUUUCGUGAACCGAGAGUCCUACACAUUCGUUCCCGUGGAGCCGUUGGGAGCGCAGUCACUCACACUUGACCGAACUACGGGGGAUAUCGUGCUUAAUGCUACCCACACUUCUGUCCCAAACACCUCCACGAGAUAUGGAAAGACUGUCUAUGGUAUCCUGGGUUUGAUACAACUCGCACUAUCCGAAUAUGUCGUAAUCAUGACCGGGAGGGAACAACGGGGACGUUUGAUGGGUCACGACGUUUACAGAGCCGUAGAAUUCGACAUUCUGCCUCUAAACCCCAAUGUCUCUAUUCAGAAUCCCCCACAUCCAAUAGAGGGGCAUCUCCUCGCCCUGGUCAAAUCUCAUCUCAACGGAGGCCACUUCCUCUUCAGCUAUAGCUGGGAUCUCUCUCGUCGACUGCAAGUGCAGUGGGAGCAGAAAGAUGCUGAGGAGACGAAAGCGUUGUGGGAAGUGGCCGAUGAUCGUUUCUUCUGGAACAAGUUCUUGCAAUCUAGACUCAUCGAGUCCGAGAUAGCGCAAGAGCUUAGUGCCUAUAUUUUGCCCAUCAUAUACGGCACCUUUGACCUUCGGCUGGCUGAUGUUCGAGGCCGUCGGGUGCAGCUUUGUCUCAUCAGCCGCCGGUCAAGAUUCAGGGCGGGCACUAGGUACUUCAGACGCGGUAUCGAUCAUGAGGGGCACGUUGCCAACUUCAACGAGACGGAGCAACUCCUACUUGUCGAAGGAUCGGGCCAAGUCUCAAAUGAUAACUUCAGCGACAAACUAAGUUUCGUUCAAAUCAGAGGUAGCGUCCCUGUUUUUUGGGGCGAGAUCAACACCAUGCGCUAUAAGCCUGACUUGCAGGUCAUGGACCUUGAAACCACUGUCGAAGCCAUGCGUCUCCAUUUCAAGGACCAAAUUUCGAAUUACGGGGAACAGUCACUAGUCAAUCUAGUCAAUCAAAAGGGCCACGAAAAGCCGGUUAAGGAUGCCUACGAGAGAGCCCUUGCUCAGAUUGAGAUGCCUGAGGUGGCCUACCAAUACUUCGACUUCCACAAUGAAUGCAAGCACAUGCGUUGGGACCGCAUCAGCGUUCUCAUCGAGAAGAUGGAAGGGGAUCUGGCCAACAAAGGGUUCUUCCAUUUGUCUUCCAAUCAACCUGAGCCCUCAAGAAGACAGCUCGGCGUUGUCCGAACGAAUUGCAUGGACAAUCUCGACAGAACCAACGUCGUCCAGGCGGCUCUUGCUAAAUGGACCCUCACGCUCCAAUUGCGAAGAUUGGGUAUCAUCACUGAGAGCGAAGGCGUCGAUGACUUCGAAGGUUUCAGCAGAGACUUCCGUGAAAUAUGGUCAGAUCACGCGGACUCGAUUUCAAAGGCGUAUGCUGGCUCUGGAGCCCUCAAGGUUGACUUCACCCGAACAAACAAGCGCACCAGGAAGGGUCUGCUCGAAGAUGGCUACAAGAGCAUCCAACGAUACAUAAAAAACAACUAUUUUGAUGGAACCAGGCAGGAUGCUUUUGACCUCGUCACAGGGGCGUGGUUACCUCGGACAACAUUCACAACCGCUUCCUCGAUCGUUGGAGAUCAUAGAUCCCUUAUAAUCCGCUCUGUUCCUUACAUCCUCGGAUUUGCGUUGUUUAUGAUAACUGCCGGCAUGACGCUUCCACGAACUUCUGACUACUCGCUAUUCUACUACUUUACACUUUGGUUCAGCGUCGCCAUCAUCGCUCUCUCGUUUAUGGUGAUCAAUGGCAUCCAAUAUGUCGCCUGGCCUCGUCUGCUUCCUCCUACUGAGCUGAUAUACUAUGAUGGUCCUGGUUUUCGGUCAGCCCACCAUGGCAAAGGCUUUGCUUCCGCAAAGAAGGUGCCGAUGGCCGAUAGUUUUGCAACAGGGGGUCGUAAGAGAGGUCUGACCGUGAGCCGGAUAGAGUUGGAGUUGGGUGACAAGAAGAGACAAGACUAAGGUUUCACCUGGUCACUGUUUAUACCGAUGGACUUCACACUUACCUUACAUAGCCCAAUUUAACCUAUUAGAAUUUUUACACCAAACCCCUUCC